CAGGUGGAACCGCCUAUUAAAGUUACCAAAAUACCCCGCCACAAACAACCUAUGAAGUUUACGUGUCGUUCACCAUUGCCUCAACAUUUCCGGACUAAUGCCCUCGCUACCCGGCUGAUAAAACCUCCCAAAACCCUAACCCCCUUUUCUUCCCCUUCUCUGCCUUCGCUUUGCACAUCACCCUCGACGGGAGCAGAGAAUAAACGGCCACUAGGGUUUUAGUAAAUUGAGCAAAAGCCCGAGCGAGUAGAGAGGGGAGACUUACGCUUCAGGGGUUUCGUAUUUCUCUUAGAGCGUAAGAAAAAUGGUGGCUGACAAGGGGAAGAAGUUGAAGGUGGAGAAGAGCGGCGAGGAGGAGAAUCACCAUAUCGAUGAGGAGCUGGUUCUCUCCAUCGAGAAGCUCCAGGAAAUCCAAGAUGAGCUUGAAAAGAUCAAUGAAGAGGCAAGUGAUAAGGUGUUGGAAGUUGAGCAGAAAUACAACGAGGUUCGCAAGCCAGUCUAUGACAAGCGAAAUGAUAUCAUCAAGUCCAUUCCCGACUUCUGGUUGACAGCUUUUUUAAGCCAUCCUGCACUUGGGAAUCUUCUCAAUGAGGAAGAUCAAAAGGUAUUUAAACAUCUGACUUCUUUGGAAGUGGAAGACUUCAAAGAUGUAAAAUCAGGCUACUCCAUCACAUUUAACUUUGAGUCCAAUCCUUAUUUUGAAGAUACAAAGCUCACAAAGACUUUUACCUUCCUAGACGAAGGAACAACAGAAAUUACUGCUACCCCAAUCAAGUGGAAGGAAGGCAUGGGCCUGCCUAAUGGGGUUAGUCAUGAGAAGAAAGGCAACAAGAGGCCUUUGGCCGAGGAGAGUUUCUUUACCUGGUUUUCUAAUACUCAACCAAAAGACAUGAUGGAUGAUAUGCAAGAUGAGAUUGCAGAGAUCAUCAAGGAAGAUUUAUGGCCUAAUCCUCUCUCCUAUUUCAACAAUGAGGCCGAUGAAGAGGAGUUUGAGGGGGAUGAUGCUGAAGAAGGGGAUAAGGAAGGGGAUGACUCUGAAGAAGAUGAUGACGAACAAGAUGAGGAUGAAGAUGACGGGGAAGAUGAGGAAGAAGGUGAUGAGUAGAAGGGAAGCAUGCAAUUUGAGUUGGCGGUGUGCAUGGCUUGGGGCCUUCUGUGUAAAGUGGCGGUGGUUUCUGUUGAAACGGAUGAUUGCUCGAGUAUCUGGUCAAUAGGGAGGUUAACCAACUAUUAAUUUCCUACAGUAGUAGUCGUCAUAGAUCUCUCUCUCGCUCUAUCUACCGUGUAGGCAGUUUCGAUAUGAGUCUGUAGUUACCUUAUACAUUGUUCUCAGACAAGGGCUCCCUGUUUUGUUCCUCUUUGGACGAAGCAUCCUUUCCUCUCUUUUUUUUUUCCUGGUUCCUCCCUGACAGUCCAGAUAUGGUUAUGAGUUACGAAUAUGUUGGCUUAUACUCUGGUGCCAGUUUGUGAAGCUGUGCAAGAAGAUAACUAGAACGAUGUCCAUUUUUAUCUUCUACUAUAUCGUGUAAUAGAAUCUUGCCAUAAUCUAAUUUAUCUGCAGUUAUGUCUUGAACAUGGCAGUGGGUCUGCUGUGACCCAGUUUAGUUUUUGAUCGACAGUCGUAUUGUUACGGGUUGUUGUGUUUGCUAUUUCAAUAACAUGCAGUUCUAUGUCCAAAAAUAUGCAGUUCUACUUCUAAAUGAAAAGCG